AUGCUCAGUUACAAUCCUCUGUCGGAGAUUCCCUCAGUAGUCAUCACGGGCCUCACGAACUUGGAGAAAUUCUAUUGUUCCGGCUGCAAUCUGGGAGGAACCCUUCCGAGCGGGUUUUUGGUGUUCCGCAGCAAGGCCUUGAGGCUGGUGUCGCUCUGGAAGAACGGGAUCGCAAGACUGGAUCCGGGAGCCAUCGUGGGUACG